AUGGUCAACUUCACCAUCGUGAACGGCGAAGUCUAUACGCCAGGUCUGGCAAUUAUUGCUGCACCACAGCCAAAUACACCCCUCGGUGGAGACAACCUCCAAGUCGCAAUCGACGUGUCAGGAAAUGGCCAGCUGCCAUGGCCACCAUCGUCUGACCCAGACUCAGCGACCCAGUUUCACGACAUUAGACUGUUUCUGACCUCCGAGUCACUCUCGCACAACUUCACCAUAUCAAAUGGCACAACACCAUCCACAAACACAAGCUAUGUCGGACCUGUACUAGACCUCGAGCCAUCAUCGACCGUCAAACACGUGAACUGGAUCUGGCCGAAGUGUCUCGUUGGUACUGGCUCCGAUUCAGAAAACAACUCAGAUCGCGGCGCAUACAAUAUCUCCCUGCAUCAGUCCUUCCGCUGGAACGAAACCGACUACUACACCGUGUUUCAAUUGCCCAUUUCGGUGACAAACGCCAUCAGCCAGAGUGAUGAGCGGAUUGACUGCGCGUUAUUGGAAAAUGAGGUUUUGAGCGUGGCGGAGAUUAAUGAGAGUUCCGAUUCCCUGCCUGGGCAGCCGUGGGUGGAGGGAGUGAGUACGACAGAAUCGAGCGCAUCGCCUACACAGACAGGUAUGGGUAUUCGCUCUCAUGCCGGCUCUAGGAGGAUGGCCGGCAUUGCCAUUGCGGUGACGGCGAUUCUGCAUUUCUUGUUCUAA